CGCCCCGCGCUGCCCGCCCCUCGCCAGCAGCAGCAGCAGGAGGAGGCGGCGGUGGUGGUGAUUCUGGCCGUGGGGAGCGUGAGGCACAGCGAGCGCCGCUGCCGCCCCCUGUUAUCCGGGAGCCCCAGCACCGGGCGGGAGGAGGCGGGAGCGCGCCGGCGGCGGCGGGAGCCAGAGCGGCGGCGGCAGCAGCGGCGGCGGCGGCAGCAGCAGCAGGAGGAGUCAGUGCCCGGCCCCCCCCCUCCGCUCAGUCCCGUUACAGCCCCCCUCCCUCCGCGCUCCGCUCCGCAGCCACCAACAUGUCGGCGCCGGCGGCCAAAGUCAGUAAGAAGGAGCUGAACUCCAAUCACGAUGGGGCCGACGAGACCUCAGAAAAAGAGCAACAGGAAGCAAUUGAACACAUUGAUGAAGUACAGAAUGAAAUAGACAGACUGAAUGAACAAGCCAGUGAGGAAAUUUUGAAAGUAGAACAGAAAUACAAUAAACUCCGCCAACCAUUCUUCCAGAAGAGGUCAGAAUUGAUCGCCAAAAUCCCAAAUUUCUGGGUAACAACAUUUGUCAACCACCCACAAGUAUCUGCACUGCUGGGAGAAGAAGAUGAGGAAGCACUGCAUUAUUUGACCAGAGUUGAGGUGACAGAAUUUGAAGACAUCAAAUCAGGUUACAGAAUAGAUUUUUAUUUUGAUGAGAAUCCAUACUUUGAAAAUAAAGUUCUCUCCAAAGAGUUUCACCUCAAUGAAAGUGGAGACCCAUCUUCAAAAUCAACUGAGAUCAAAUGGAAAUCUGGGAAGGAUCUGACAAAACGUUCAAGUCAGACACAGAACAAAGCCAGUAGGAAGAGGCAGCAUGAAGAGCCAGAAAGCUUCUUUACCUGGUUCACUGACCACUCCGAUGCUGGGGCUGAUGAACUAGGAGAAGUCAUCAAGGAUGACAUCUGGCCAAAUCCGUUACAGUACUACUUGGUUCCUGAUAUGGAUGAUGAAGAGGGGGAGGGAGAGGAGGAUGAUGACGAUGAUGAAGAGGAAGAAGGAUUGGAGGAUAUUGAUGAAGAAGGAGAUGAAGAUGAGGGGGAAGAAGAUGAAGAUGAUGAUGAGGGAGAGGAAGGAGAGGAGGAUGAAGGAGAAGAUGACUAAUUGAACACUGAUGGAUUCCAAAACCCCUUUAUACCUUUUUAAUUUUUCUCCAGUCCCUGGGAGCAAGUUGCUGUCUUUUUUUUCUUGUGCUCAGUCGCCUUGUUCUCUUGAGGUCUCUUUUUCUCUCCUCUACACCAUGGCUCACAAUUUAUUUUGGGGGAAAUAUCUUGAGCAGAAUACAGUGGAAAAGAAUCUACCGGUUUCUGUUUCAAGUUCAUUUUUAUCCCUUUCCGUCUCAAAACAAAAACUGUUUAUGGAAUCAAUACACCAUGUUCUGUGGGAAAAAAGAAAACCUUCUGCUCCCUUCACUCUGCUGGAAGCUGAAGAGUGCUAGGCCCCUGUGUAGUAGUGCAUAGAAUCUAGCUUUUUUCCUUCUUUCUCUGUAUAUUGGGCUCAGAGAUUACACUGUGUCUCUAUGUGAAUAUGGACAGUUAGCAUUUACCAACAUGUAUCUGUCUACUUUCUCUUGUUUAAAAAAAAGAAAAAACUUUAAAAAAAAAAAGGGUUAUAGAAGGUCAGCUGGGGUGGGUUUCAGAUGUUUGGGUGGGUUAAGUGGGCAUUUUGACAACAUGGCUUCUUCUCCUUUGGCAUGUUUAAUUGUGAUGUUUAACAAACAUCCUUGCAGUUUAAGAUGACACUUUUAAAAUAAAAUCUUCUCCUAAUGAUGACUUUGAGCCCUGCCACUUGAUGGAGAAUCAGCAGAACCUGUAGGAUCUUAUUUGGAAUUGACAUUCUCUAUUGUAAUUUUGUUCUUGUUUAUUUUUAAAUUCUUUUUUUUUUUUUGUUUCACUGGAAAGGAAAGAAAGAUGCUCAGUUUUAAACGUUAAAGUGUACAAGUUGCUUUGUUACAAUAAAACUAAAUGUGUACACAAA